AUGAAGUCCUUCUCGAGUUCUGCGAUCAACAAGUCGGGCAAAAAGUUCGCCCCGAAGGCGCCCGUUCGCCGCGGUGCGCCUGCGCCAGCGCCCACUGCACCUGCAAGACGACCCAGCGCAGUCCAACAGGCUCAAGCAGCCCAAGCCGCGCAAACUUUGCAACAAGAACGCGAAACCAGAGGCUCUGUUGGCUCUGUUGCAGCUCCAUCGAUUACCUCUGUCUCUGUGGAGCCCGAACAAGCGGCGAUCCCUGAAACCACCCCACCAGUUGCAGUUGCAGGUGCAGCUACACCUUCCCAAGAGCAUCACCCAGCUCCCUCACAAUCCAAAACCUCAAUUCCGAUCCCCCUUCCCAAGCGCAAAGCCUCUAUCGCGACCCCUGCAACUCGAGAACCGAAUAACAUUCCUACCCCCGCAUCUGAUGUUCCGCCUUCUCCCCCCCACUUCGGCACUCGCGGCACCUCCACCGCGUCUGUACAGUUUUCAGAUGAUGCCAUAGCUCCACACGAACCCGCUUCACCCCGCUCGACUGUCGUCCAACCCUCCGCACCCGCCCCUGCGCCCGUACCUUCCUUUAACCCAGUCGAAUACCGGCCGACAAAGUAUGCAAAGAAAACUUCAGAGAUCACCAAGUCCCGGCAAAAGAGCCAGUCUCAAGUGAGUACGUCGGUUGGCCCCACCAUUGACGGGACUAGUGAGACACCAGGAGGAUCGUUGGCGCCGUCUACCCCCGAUCCGAGCCAGGCGGGGAAGAAAACCAAGAAACGACAACAAUCAAAGACUGGCGCAUCUGAUGCCGAGGGUACCGAAAAGGCAAAGCGCGCUCGUCGAAAGCGUGAACCCACACCGGAUGAUGCGGAGACUGUGGAAAUCCUGCCCAACGUGAUGAAGAUGUCGGAGCUCUGCAAAGACUUAAAGACCGGAAAAAAGUCAAAGCGAGAGGUCGAGCUACGGCGAUUGGAGCAGGUUGAAUUGGAAUCCAAGCAAAAAGCGCAGGAGGAAGCAGCAUCAACUACUGGAACCCCGAUGAAGGCCAAAGCGCCAGAAGGGGACCGGUCUUCCGAACCCGCCAAACCCGCUGCCGGUCCAGUCAUGCGUAUCGUCAACGGAGAGAUUGUUCUCGACACUGCAUCGCUGGAAGUUGAUCGUCACGCCGAUGCUGCCCGAGAAGCGGGCGAUCUAGAAGACGUGGUGGAGAACCAGCUUACUCGCAAGGUUAACCAAGCGACCUAUGGCAAACGAUCCAAGACUGAAAGCUGGGAUGAAGAAAUGACGGAUCUAUUCUACCGUGGUCUUCGCAUGUUUGGCACCGACUUCAUGGUCAUCAGCAACAUGUUUCCCGGCCGGUCUCGUCGACAGAUCAAGCUUAAAUUCAACAAUGAGGAGCGUCGCGAUCCGCAAAGAAUCAAGGACACCCUUCUUGGCCCACGAGAGGUCAUCGAUAUAGAAGAAUACUCCGCCAUGACCAACCAGACUUAUGACGACCCCAAGCUCAUUCAACAGGAACUGGAUGAAGAAAAGAGAGUGAUUGAGGAGCAGCACGAGAAGGAAAAGCAGCUUCACGAAGAAAUGAUGCGCAAUCCGACUGGGGGUGGAGGUGAAGAGGAUUCCAAGGGCGACAAGGGCAAGGGCACUGCCAAAGGCAAGCGUAACAGCAAGAAACAAGCCGCCAAGAAUGCCGGUGGUGGUACCGAAGAAGUUCUGGGAUCUAUUGACGAGAUCCCGGCCUUUUAA